AUGGGGAUAAGACAACUGUGUUCAUUCGCUGCACUCUGCACCUCCUUAGCUUCUCUUUCUUCGGGUGCAGUCGUCGUCGAUGUACACCCUCUGCACGGCAGCACGAAUUCCGAGUCAUUCAAUAACAUGGGUCAGGCCAGCCGCGAACGCGCCGCGUCACUCUUGGCCACCGCUGGGACCGGCGAUGUACCCAUCGUCAAUAUGUUUGCCGCCUAUGCCAUGUCGAUUGGCGUCGGGGACCCAGCAACCAACUAUACGGUGAUCAUUGACACUGGCAGCUCGAACACAUGGGUCGGCGCGACCAAGCCCUACGUGACCACAGAGACCAGCAUCAGUACUGGAGAGGGGAUAAAUAUCACCUACGGCAGCGGUGUGGUGUUAGGGAAGGAAUGGCUGGAUACCGUCACUUUGGCUUCCGGCCUAAUCAUCCACAACCAGUCGAUCGGCGCAGCAUCAAAUGCCACAGGGUUUGCUCCGUUUGAGGGAAUCAUCGGCCUCGGGCCUACGUCAGAUACUAACAGGACUGUUUUCAACGAGACCACGGGGUCAUUCAUCAAUGGAACAAUCCCUACCGUUAUGGACAACGCGCUCGCGCAGGGUGUGAUCGACACUGAGGUUCUUGGAGUGUCUUUCUCCCCUAUUACCGGCAACAACUCCAACAGCUCCAUAAACGGACAGCUGUCUUUCGGUGGCAUCGACCAGUCGCGUCUCGUCGGUGAUGUCACAUAUACGCCACGGACGUCGAAGUGGCCCGCAAGUCGAUACUGGGGUAUCGACGCGAACCUCACAUACGGCCAGACCGCUCUCGGUAACGACUCAUCCAACAGCGGCAUUGUUGACACCGGCACCUCGGUUGUCGUAAUCGCCGAUGACCUCUACGACAUCUACCUCGACGCGAUCCCCGGUGCUUACUAUGACAACGUGACCCAGCUGACCGCUAUACCGCUCGACUCCGUGUCGUCGCUGCAGAACUUCACGGUCUACAUCUCCGGAGAGCCGUUCGUCCUCGACGCGGUGACGCAACUCCUUCCCGCCGACCAGAAUGUCGAGGCCGGUGGCGUUGUAGGGCUGAGGUACAGCUACAUUACUCCGCUCGGAUGGAACACGACUAGCGGCCUCUUCGACUGGGUCCUCGGGAUGAAGUUUUUGGAGAGGUACUAUGCGGUGUUUGACACGCAGAACAACCAGGUCGGACUUGCAUACACGAACCACACCUUCGCCGCCGUCUCAUGA